GUAAUGGAUCUUCUGGCUUAUGUGGCAUGGGGGUGACACGGUGGCAGUGUCUUCUCAUAUUUCUUCAUCCUUAUAUACAUAAUCCCCCUUGCAAUUUUAGGGUUUAACAUUGUUAGAAACUUGAAAUGGGGAAGAAGAAGCGUGUGUGUAAGAAAAAGGCUCCGCCACCGUCAAAGGCCACCAAACCGCCGUCACAGUCCAAGCAAAGGAAGAAAAAGGAGCAGGAGGCGGUAAAGCCCAAGACGGAGAAGCAAGUCAGGCAUGCAAACAAGAACGAAGAAGGAGGAACCUCCGUUCGUGAUGAGGAGUUUAACGAUGAGUUCAGUGCUGUUAUCCAAUAUGGUGGGGAGUUUGUGUUUCUGAACGAUGGUCGUACGAUUUAUAGAGGAGGUAUGUCGUCGUUAGUUUCGGGACUUCGUUUAGAAGAGUUUACCUUGGAUAGUAUACAUAGGUUGGUGAUGGGUUGGGGUUACCGUGAAGGGACAUAUAGAAUCUGGACUCUAAUUCGUGAAAUAUAUGAAGAUUAUUUUCAGAUUAGAAAGGAUGAUGAUUGUUAUGACUUUGCUACAUAUAACUGUGUGAAUCGAAUUGACGGGGAACUUUUUAUAGAGCAUGAUGUUGUAGAUAUUGGAGCAACCGUAAGACUUCCUAGGUGUGUUAAUGAGGUUGGUGAGAUGGAAGGAAGUGAUGAAGAAGAGGUUGAGGGGCUAGGUGAUAGUGAAGAUGAGAGGGCCACUGCGCUUGUUGAUGGUUUUGAGGGGAUAGAUAUAAGUUUACCACAGAAAGAGGUCCCAAAAGUUGCUGAAUAUGUUAGUGUUAGUAAAGAGAAACCUUGCGAGGAAGAUGAAUAUGUUAGUGAUGAGUUGGAAAGUUCUGACCCUGAUUUGUCUGACAGUGAGAAAGCUAAAGUCCAAAAGUUUGAAAAGUUCAAAAAGGAGCAUUUAAAUAAGGAUUUUAAAUUUCAGUGGGGUAUGGAAUUCAACUCCCUAGAUGAAUUUAGGUAUGCCAUACGUGAAUGGUCUGUAUUAAAUGGGAGACAAAUUACUUUUGUCAAAAAUGAAAGUGAUAGGGUUAGGGUGGUGUGCAGGGCCACUUGUGGGUUUUUAAUGCUACGCUCCAAAGUGGGCCACAAGAGGACAUUUGCUAUAAAAACCAUUGUAGACAAACACACUUGUGCUAGGGUUUUAGACAAUAAAUCUGCAAAUUCAAGGUGGGUGGCUAAGAUUGUUUUGAAGAAGAUGCAGACCUCACAAGAUGUCAGAAUCACUGAUAUUAUACAAGAUCUGAGGCAAAAUUACUCUGUAGGUAUAACUGUUUGUAGGGCUUGGAAAGCAAAACUCAUAGCCAAGAAGAUGUUGGAGGGAGAUGCAGAUAGGCAAUAUGCAAUAUUGAGGAGGUAUGCUGCAGAGUUAUUAAGGGCCAGCCCUGGAAACACAUUACAUUGCAUAUAA